AGAGGUGCCACAGCCAGUUAACAUCCGGUAACCGGUAAGCCCGGAGUACAAAAAAAAGUGAAAUCCAAAGUAGCAGCAGACAGCACUCCUCUAGCACCAUUAUAGCUUCUACCGAACCAAGCAAAGCAAUAAAAUCACACCCCUACCUUGCCGCCACCGGAGAAUCCACCAUUGACUCCGACACCAUGCCCCCUCUUCCCACUUUCUGAAUUUCAUUUUCCACAAUCCAUUAUUAUUAUAAUAACAUUCCAUUCCUGUCUCCACCAGAGAUUCUCUGAUCUCGUAAUUGAAGUCGCACAUUAAUUAAUGCAUUUUGCACCUCGGUUUUCGCGCUUUAUUAAUCCUUCUUUUUCUUUCCUCACUGUCUCACGGCUUCACGCUCAGCUGCAGUAGAUUUUAACUUGAUUAUUAGGAAGCGAAAAUGCUUACGUGCAUAGCUCGUCCAAAGAAACCUGAUGAGUCGGAUCCAAACAACGCGACAAGCGCCGCUAAAUCGCAAGCCGUCAAAUCUCUCACUUCUCAGAUAAGGGAUAUGGCGCUGAAGGCUUCGGGAGCGUACAAGCAUUGCGCACCGUGCACGGGGCCAGCGACGCAGGGGCGAUUUCGGAGCAACACCACCGAGUCGGACGCGGAUUCGGACCGGUUCCGGUGGUCGUACCGGAGAACGGGGAGUUCGAGCUCGACGACGACAAGGACGUGGGGGAAGGAGAUGGAGGCGCGGCUGAAGGGGAUUUCGAGCGGGGAGGGGACGCCGAACUCCGCCAGCGGGAGGCGGGCGGAGCCGGUGGUGCUGUUUGUUGAAGAGAACGAGCCGAAGGAGUGGGUGGCGCAGGUGGAGCCUGGCGUUUUGAUUACGUUCGUUUCGUUGCCACGUGGCGGGAACGAUCUGAAGCGCAUACGGUUCAGUCGAGAGAUGUUCAAUAAAUGGCAAGCUCAAAGGUGGUGGGCAGAGAACUACGACAAGGUUAUGGAACUUUACAAUGUUCAAAGGUUUAACCGCCAAGCAUUUCCUCUUCCAACGCCACCAAGAUCUGAAGAUGAGAGCUCAAAGCUUGAAUCAGCUGAAGAAAGCCCCGUAACACCUCCACUGAACAGGGAACGGUUACCUCGUAAUAUGUACCGUCCAACAGGGAUGGGAAUGGGAUACUCAUCCUCAGAUUCCUUUGAUCAUCAGUCAAUGCAAUCUCGGCAUUUCUAUGACUCAAAUGGUAUGAACUCAACACCGAAAGUGUCCACCAUUAGUGCGGCCAAAACGGAGAUAUCAUCAAUGGAUGCUUCUAUCAGAAGUAGCUCAUCGAGAGAGGCUGAUCGCUCCGGUGAUUUUUCAAUCAGCAAUGCUAGUGAUUUGGAGACUGAAUGGGUUGAACAGGAUGAACCUGGGGUUUACAUUACGAUCAGAGCAUUGCCAGGUGGUGCAAGAGAGCUCAAACGAGUCAGGUUCAGCCGAGAAAAAUUUGGGGAGAUGCAUGCUAGAUUAUGGUGGGAAGAGAACCGUGCCAGAAUACAUGAACAAUACUUGUGAGUUGUGAGAUUUUACAAAGGGGGUGGUUGGUGUUGCUUAUUAAAUUGUUCCAUAUUUGUUUUGUUAUACUACUACUAAGUCUCUUUAUAGCUGUCAGAUGAGGUGCUACUUGCACCUCUGCCUUUUUUUGGGCUAUUUACAUGUGAUCGGUUCAGGUUAUCUUCUCUUGAAUGUGGGUCGUAAAUAUAGUUUCUAGUAGUUAAAGAUACUGGUGGAUAAAGAGCAGCAAUGAUUUACUUAAAAAGCUUAAGAAGUCUGGUGGGUGUAAAUUCUAUUACUAUUCAAAUUGGAUACAAAAGAUGAAUCCACUUUCAUUAUUUUGUUGUUUUUUUCCUACACUUCUAGGUCCAGCACGCAUCAGUUAUGAUGCACAAACAUAUGAAAAAGCAUGUCACCAGGUUUAUUUUUA